CCCCGGGUAAUAGAUGAAUAUUUAGAUAAAGGUUACCACGUCCUCCGACAUCAGAGCUCUAACCCAAAUAAAUAAACAUCUUCAUGCAGGGCCCCAGAAUGGGAAGGAGGACUCUGCCCCAGACACAAGGGGCACUGAGAGACAGGAGGGACUCAUGGGCGUGUUCCCAGGAAGUGGAGGUGGAUGAUGACACAGGAAAAUAGAGAAGUCCAUGAAGGCUGUGACAGAAAGAAAACCCAAAUCUGGGGCCAAGAGUGAAAUCUUACUUCCUUCUCUAUUUCGCUAUAUUUCUCCUCUGUGUGCAUGACCCUGGUGACCUUGACCUGAGCCAUGCACAAAUGUCACAGCUGUGUCUGCACUGACAUGAGGCCGCAGAGGAGCCGGAACCCACACCCCCUGCAGCAUCUCCGGGGCCUGGGGACCCCGUGGGAGGCAGGCCAGCCCCCAAGUGGCCACACCCUGUGCUUCUGUCUGUCCUCGAAGCACCAAGGUCCCUCCCUCUGCACAGCCGGAGCCAGAGGCAGAGACGCCAUGACCCCCACCCUCACGGCCCUGCUCCUCCUCGGUCUGAGUGUGGAACCCAGGACCCAAGUGCAGGCAGGGACCCUCCCCAAACCCUCCAUCUGGGCUGAGCCAGGCUCUGUGGUCCUCCGGGGUAGUGCUGUGACCAUUUGGUGUCAGGGAAUCCUGGAGGCCCAAGUGUUCUUUCUGGUUAAAGAGGAACACUCAGGGUUCUGGGAUGUUCAUUUCCCAAAGAAGCCUGGGAACACGGCCAAGUUCUCCAUCACACACAUGACAGAUAGACAUGCAGGACGGUAUCACUGUUCCUAUCGGAGACCCGCUGGCUUGUCAGAGCGCAGUGACCCCCUGGAGCUGGUGGUGACAGGAUUCCAUGGCAAACCCCAACUCUCAGCCCUGCCCAGCCCCGUCGUGACCUCAGGAGGGAAGGUGACCCUCCAGUGUGCCUCAUGGGAGAAAUUUGACAGGUUUGUCCUGAGGAAGGAAGGAGAACCCAGGCCCUCGUCGACCCUCGACUCCCAGCGACCCACUAGUGGGCAGUUCCAGGCCCUGUUUCCUGUGGGCCCCGUGACCCCCAACGUCAGGUGGACAUUCAGGUGCUAUGGCUAUUUCAGCAAAACCCCCCAGAUGUGGUCCUACCCCAGUAAGCCCCUGGAGCUCCUGGUCUCAGGAACUUCUGGGCGCCCCAGCCCCCCACCCACAGGACCUGGCUCCACAGAGAGUCUUGAAAAGUACCAGAAAAUUGCGAUCGGGGCCUCUGUGACCUUAAUCUUGCUGCUUGCCCUCCUCGUCCUCCUCCUCCUUCUCCGACUCCGGCACCAGAAAAAAUGCUGCAAGUCAGCUCCAACUCCGUGGCUCCUGUCCAGGAGGAGAAGCAGGGUAACUGGGAAGGAGGGAGGAAGGGCUAGGAGGAGGGGUCGGGACAGGUUCUGGGCUUCGCAUGAAAACCGCCAAAUCUGUGUGAUUCCAGGUACAUCCCCGCCCCCUGUCGGGCCUCAGUCUCCCUAUCUGAGGGUGGGAGGGGCGUGUGGGACUGCAGGGUUUCGGGAAUCUUGGCAUGAAAUAGAAUCUUCUCAUUCUCCAGAUGCUGAGGUGAGAGAGUCCCAACCUGAGGAAGACAGACAGAUGGACAGUCGGGCUGCGGCAUCUGAAGACCCCCAGGAUGUGACCUAUGCCCAGCUGAACAGCCUGAAUCUUGAACAGGAGACAAGUGCACCCCCUUCCUCACGGGCAGGGGAGCUGCCCGCAGAGCCCAUCAUGUAUGCCACUCUGGCCAGGAAGGAUGCACACCCCGCACUCCAGGGAGGGGACUGCAGGAACCCCAGGACGCAGUGAGGCUGCCCCCAAGGACACUCAGCUAAUACCCCCUGCGCCUGGGGACCUCUCAUAUGGGAGCAGGAUAUCCUGGAGCUUCAGAAGUCAUCUCAUUCGCCAGAUGAAGAGAAGUAUCAGCUCCAUAUUUUUAGAAAGAAAAGAAAACCCUUCUAAAUAACCAGUGGACAAGAGAAGCCAGCCACAGAUGAAGAUAGGACUUCUCUUUUUUUUUUACUCCCAUGACAAUGCAAAAAUUCUACAUCAACGCAUAGUUUUACUUAAAUGGUAAUGUAAAUGCCGUAUGCCAAGACGAAAUGGGGAAAGUCAGUGCCUGAAUGCAAUUAGUGCCAAGAGAAGAGAGCCCGAAAGUCAACAAUGCAGGCAAUGUUCUAUGGGAGCUAGAGAAAGGAUAGCAAAUUCAUCCCAUGGCGGUGGGUGAAAAUCAGAAGACCUUACGCUGAUCACAAAGAAUAAAAAAGAGAACAAUCAA